AUGUGGAAGGUCGCUUUGACUGUUCUUGCGGCCGUUUUGGCCGUUGGAUAUGGGGCCAUGGUCGGGGGCUUUAGAGACGCCGAUAUCAACGAUGAAGGUGUGCAAAACGCUCUCCACUUCGCCGUCGUCCAACACAACAGAGGCAGCAACGAUUUGUACCUCAGUCAAGUGGCAGAAGUGAUCAAGGUUCAGUCACAGGGAGGUUUUAAACAUAUUAAAGUGACUGCCAGUAUACAAGGUGAUGCAGAGGACAGAGAUGCCGAGGUGGUGAGGAGGGCACAGGAGGAAGGCUGCGUGAAUGUGGUCUUCCCAGGGACUGUAACUCAGGAAGGCUGCUGUCGUUUUGUCAGCGAGAUCCUCAAGUGCAUCCUCUAUCAAAGACAGCAACUCCCCAUGACGUACGACCAGUUGGUAUACUCCCAGAGGAAGCAGCAGGCGUCGGUGCAGGACAAAGACGUAGUGAAUCGAAGACCGGUGCAUUCUGCAGACAUGGAUUGGCGCAAGUGUCAGCAGACCCUUCAGGAGCUGGAGGAGGUGCUGCAGCAGCUGGAGGUGCUGUUCUCUCUCAGCAGGGUGCCCCGCGUGCUGCUGUUAAUGGGUGGCUCGCUUGUCCUCCCCAAAGAGCUGUACGAGAUAAACAUGGAGUCCCUGGCAUCAUCCGGUGGGAGUCAGUGUCUACGGGUGUCAUCGUGCUUGAGGCAGAUCUUCCGUACACUGUUUGUGGCUGACCUUUUGUCUGACGCCAGACCUGUUCGUUUAAUGCCCACCACAGUCUUGGUGCUGGCUCACAGGGACUGCGGUGUAGGCUGGUUUCACCCAAACUCCAAUUUAAAGUCCCAACUCGUAAAAAAACAAAUCAUCGUUCUGUCUAGCGAUCCAAACGUCUGCAAGGAACCCAGGGCGGAGGGGUCAGACUGGGAGGAUUAUGUGUGGUUUCAGGCACCCGUGACUAUUAAGGGCUUCAGUAACUGACCCUAAAAGUUGGACAGUCUUUAGAGUGUAGCACUUUCUUUCUGGUGCUUGUGUAUUACAAUAAAUGUUAACAGCAAUCCAAGGGAACUUUAAACAUUUUUGUUUUUUUAUUAAGAUGUACAUAUUUUAAUCAAUUUUGACUUAUUCUUUUGUUUCAGAGUAUGUCCAUUCAAACAAUAGUGAAAUAAACAGUAUGGUGUGCUACCCCUUUUUCUUUUACAAAUUAUCGUUUAAAAGAAUGUUUGUCCUCAUUUAACACAGAGCAAUACACACACACUGUUAGUGCAAUACAUUUUUAAUGACCAAGACUUCUUUAUGCCAGUGUCAUCUGUGUAUGUUUACAUAUAUCAAAAGCUUGCAAAUGACUUGAAUGUCACGAAUCAAGCGAUAAGAUGCUGCGUGGUGUAAAAAUGUUCAACUUAAGUAUUUGUAUGUCUCCUGCUUGAAAUAAUAAAGGACAGAUGUGCUA